AUGAAUCAAUUAAGAUCAUUUAUAUAGAGUAGCGAAAAUGAAGAUUUUAAAUAUCUUACUGAAUGUAAAAGAAUAAUUAAAACUGGAAAGCAAGAAGAAUUUGAGGAACUGUGUAUUUCUAUAAAACAAUUCUUAGUUAAUGAUUUGUAAAGACAUGUUUCAUAAUUUUCUAUUCUAAACGUAUAAAUAGAUGUUUAUAAUUAGCUUUGUUAAUUAUUAACAAAAGAAAAUAAUCAAGAAUUUAAUUAUGAGCACUUCUAAAAAAUAGUUUUGCCAGUUAUUGUGUAGUACAUUUUCAUUAAUCAAAUGUACUCAAAAGAACUUCCGCCUAAAACCUAAUAAUAUAUUAAAUCUUCUAUUACAAUUUCUGAAGAACUUUUGGGUUAUUGGGCACAUGUAUUCCCUUAAACAUAAAAUUUAUAAAUUUCUUAAUUUUUAAUAGAGUAUUAAUUGUUUAAAAAAAAACAAUAGGAAAAAGGUAUGCCUAUUUUAAAAAAAAAAAAAUACGAAUAUUUGAAAGACACAAUUGAUAAAACACAUCCUAAUUAUAAAGAGAUUAAAUAAUAGUGGAAAAGAUCUUAAGCUGAAGAUAUGUUAAGGAAAAAUAACGAAUUUGAGAAGGAUUAAAAUGAUAUUUAAACAAUAGAUAAUUAUGAAUAACCAAAAUAAGAGUAAAUUCAUCCCUAAAAGCAAGAAUAAUUAUCUGAAAUCGACUAAUAAAUUAUUAAUAAAAAAUAAGAAUAAGAUUAAUUAAUUCAAGAAAUAGAAAAACUGAAAGUUUUAAAAGAGACCCUCUCGUCAGACGUAAAACUUAUGUAACAAAUAUAAUAAUAAAAUUCCACUAUGAAUUAUUCUAAAAUGAAUGGAACAAAAUCAACAAAUGUAUCAGAAACAAUCACUAGUUGCUUUAUAUAAGGAAAAUUAAUAUUUGAUGAAGAAUUUUAAGUAGAUAAUCAAAAAAACUAUAUGACAAAAUCAAGUGGAAAGUAUCCUCUUUGUAUAAUUGAUACAUCGUAUCCUGAAAAAAAAAAAAGAUUAUUAGAUGGAAGAGGACUUUUUCAUAUUGGUGAAGGUUAUUAAUUGGCAAGAGAUUUUAAAUUAAAUUAAAAUACAAUUGAUAUAGCUAUAUAUUUGAUAUGUGUUAAAAAAAGGAUUUCAGAUUUACGUGUAUGGAUUUUACCUAAAUGUAAUUUUAGCAUUUAUCAUAGAUGAAAUUUUUAGUAAUCACCAUCUAAAUAAAAACUUGGCUGUUGGGAAAUAAGUAUUAUUUGAAAUUAGAAAUAUUCCAAAAUAAUAGCUUAUUCAUGAGGAUAUCAAGAUCGAUAUUGUUAUUGACAGUAUUGAAAUAAUGAGAGAAGAAGUUUCAUUUUAAUUGAAAAUCACAAAUAUUAUUAAUUACUAACACAUGAUUGAAGAAGACUUGAUAAAAGAAUACUAAGAAAUUAAAAAAGUAUUAUGCUCAAAAGAUUUCCUUUUCGAUUCUGAGGUAUUUCCAAAUGGAUUAGCAGAUGUAUAAAAAUGUAUACAGCAUUCUAUUAUUUAUAAAAAUUAAAGACAACUACUUGUAUCAGGAAAUAUAAACGAUUAACAAUUUAUAUUCAGAGUAAUAAUUUCCUGAAUAUAUAAGAUUAUUUUAGAUCAAUAAGGGAAUGCUGAAGUUAAUUUAAAGGGGCUAGAAUGUAAUGAUGAAAUAACGAACAGAUUAAUACAAACUUAUAUUGAUGUCUUACAAAAAAAUGAAUGAUUAUGUG